UAAAAAAUAUUGUAUGUAUAUAUCUCCUUUUCAGGAGCGUAUUAUAAAGCAUUUUCAUAGUUAUUCAUGAAUCCUCUUCAGUUCAACUAUAGCAUUUUUCGGAAAUCAAAUAUGGAAUUUAAUCCUCGUAAUCCAUUAAUAAUUUACAUUUGGAUGAAUGUCAUAUUCUUUGCUCCCUGUCACGGUAAUGUUACUUUUAAAGAUAAGCCUUCCUUACUUAUAACUAACAAGACGAAGGUGGAAAGCAGCUCUCUGUAUGUAUGGGGACCUUACUCCGGAGAUGCAAACAAAACCAUCGAUAGGAACUUCAAUCAGAGUUAUGUUGACUGUAUGCACACGGCCCCAGGACAGUCAGAGGCCUGGUUAAAGAUUGAUCUCGGUAGAGUCUUCAAUUUGAAAAGUGUUCGAAUUUGGUACAGGAAUGACCGUGGAGCGUACAGCACUAGAAGACUAAGCGGGUUUUCAAUACUUGUAUCCAAUAAUUCAGAAUGGAAUAUAAAUAACACCUGUUAUCAGGAUUCCGGAAAUGUUACUCUUGAAACAGUGCUUGAUGUGAAUUGUUCUGAUACAGCCCAAUAUGUAAAGAUAUACGCAAAUAAGGAUAUUGAUGGGGGUGCUAUUCUUGAGAUAUGUGAGUUGGAGAUUUACGGUUGUUCAUACCAGGACAGUGUUGGAAAUUGUAUUUCUUGCGACCAGUGUAAGAAUGAUUGUAUGAUAAACGGGGAAUGUGACGAACAGGGAUGUAAAAGUGAUAGCCUCCCUCCUCCAUUCUGUAAAGAAUGCAGGGAAGGUUUCUACGGAAGAAAUUGCAGUCAUGUCUGUGGACACUGUGUUAAACAAGUAGUAUGUGAUCAGGUGAAUGGUUCUUGUCCUUCGGGAUACUGUGAACCAGGAUGGAAAUAUACACCUGAUAAAAGAUGCAAUGAAGAAUGUGAUGGGGGAACCUACGGGUUAUACUGUAGUACCAAAUGUGGAUACUGUGCAAAGGGAGUAUCGUGCAACAAAGUUGACGGUAGCUGCCCCGGAGGUUGUGAAGAUGGAUGGACGAAUCUCUACUGCAAUGAAACGUGCAAGAAAGGUUUGUACGGAAAGAAUUGCACUCGUACUUGUGGACAUUGUCUGGACAAAGCUACAUGUAAUCACGUGACAGGAUCUUGUCCUUUCGGUAUUUGUGAACCAGGAUGGAAACAUACUCUUGAAAGAAGAUGCAAUCAAGAAUGUGUUGGCGGAACCUACGGGUUAUACUGUAGUACCAAAUGUGGAUACUGUGCAAAGGGAGUAUCGUGCAACAAAGUUGACGGGAGCUGCCCCGGAGGUUGUGAAGAUGGAUGGACGAAUCUCUACUGCAAUGAAAAGUGCAAUAAAGGUUUGUACGGAAAGAACUGCGCUCGUUCUUGUGGACAUUGCCUGAACAACGCUACAUGUGAUCACGUGACAGGUUCUUGUACUUCCGGUCUUUGUGAAUCAGGAUGGAAACAUACUCCUGAAAAGAGAUGCAAUCAAGGCUUGGUUUGGGAUGCUAAAUCUGCCCUACAUUUCCGUAUGAGUGAACAGAUUAAUGUUUUUGGUGCGUGUUUCAUUUCCAAAAUCUGUAAAAUGGAUAAUAUUUAUUUUAAUGAGUGGAAAUUAAAUAAAUUUUCAGCAUGCAGAAACGGUUUCUACGGAAGGAACUGUAGUUUUCUGUGUGGACAAUGCGCAAACAACGCAAAAUGUGACCACGUGACAGGAUCCUGUCCUUCUGGUCUCUGUGAACGAGGAUGGAAAAAUACUAGUGAUAAAAGAUGUAAUGAAGAAUGUGAAAACGGAACCUUUGGGUUGCAUUGCCGAUCUAAAUGCAGCGGACACUGUGCUGGGGGAUUAUCGUGCAACAAAGUGAACGGAAGUUGUCCUGAAGGGUGUGGGGAUGGAUUAAUUCGUACUGCAAUGAUUCAUGCAAAAACUGUUUCUAUGGAAUGAACUGUAGUUUUCCCUGUGGAAAUUGUGCAAACAACGCAACAUGUGAUCAUGUGACAGGAUCCUGUCCAUCUUGUCUUUGUGAACAAGGAUGGAAAAAUACUAUUGAUAAAAGAUGUAAUAAAGGUAAAUAUUUCUGUACUACACAGUGCUUGUUAAAUUUCAUACAUACG